AUGUCUAAAUUAAGCGAAAAAGCUGAUUCAAUCAAUUUACAAAAUUCUCAGACAGAAUUUCAAUAUAUUGAUGGUAGAAGAUUUCAUAAUGUAAAAGACGCCAUAUAUGCUCUACCAAACGAUGAAGGAGAAUUAGAUAGAUUACACUUCCAACAUUUUAUAAUAAGAUAUAUCUGGCAAAGUAACUUUUCAGCUCCCAUCGAACAUAUUUUGUCUAAAUCAGGCUCCAAGAUUCUAGAUGUUGGGUGCGGCGCAGGAUCAUGGUCAUUUGAUAUGGCAAACACAUAUCCAUUGAUUAAUGUUGUUGGAUUAGAUAUAUCACCACACCAACCAACACAGAUAAAACCUAAAAAUUUUACUUUCAUUACAGCAAAUGUUCUAGAAAGAUUACCAUUCGAAGAUAACACUUUUGAUUUUGUAUUUCAACGAUAUUUGGCUUCUGCAAUUCCAAAAGAGAAAUGGCCAGAUGUAAUUAAUGAAUUGGUCAGAGUUUUAAAGCCAGGUGGAUACUUGGAGCUAUGUGAAUUUUCUCGUAUGUUUAAUCUUGGACCUGCUGAUAAACGUUUAUGGCUUACAAUGGCAAAAAUAUUGGAGGAACGAGGCGUAGAUUGGAAUAUUUAUGAAAAAUUAGAAGUAUAUGAACAAAAUCAAGGUCAGUUAGAAAAUGUUAAAAAAGAAGUAAAACAAUGCUAUCAUGGUGCAAAGUCAAAUGAUAUUGAACUUAGUAAAAUGUCUAUCAGAAAUAUGGCUUAUUUAUACGAUUCUCUUAAACCAAUUUUAACAAAAGCGUUAAAAAUUUCUGAUGAUGAAUAUUAUGAAUUGGUUAAAGUAUCAAAAGAUGAGCUAUUUGA